GCACUACUACUGGUUGUGCAACACUUGAGGGCAACACGUGCUCACCAUUGCAUACAAAUGGCGGACACAUAUAGACCCCACUCUAACGACAAUCAAUCGCUCAGGAGUGGUCGUGGAUUCGGUCCUUCGAGUGGUGGGAGUCGUAACUUCGGUGGCAAUGAUUUUAACAAUUUCUCGAGCAGUGGAAGCGGUGGCGGCGGACGAGACCCGCCGUACACUGUGUUCAUCGGGAAUCUGCCGCGAAAAGUGAUUCAGGGAGACAUCGAUGACAUGUUCAAGAAUCUCAAAUUGAGAUCAGUUCGCUUAGUGAGAGAUAAAGAGACCGAUCAAUUCAAAGGUUAUUGUUAUGUGGAGUUCGAAGACGAAGAAUCACUUAGAAUGGCCCUCGAGUUUGACGGAGCGGACUUUAACGGAAACAUUCUUCGCGUCAAUAUCGCCGAAAACCGUCGAAACGACAGAAAGGGCUUUUCAGGGGGCGGUGGCGGCCGUGGAGGCGGACGCGGAGGUUUCGAUCAAAGGAGUGGACCGCCGCAGAAUAGAGGCGGACCGCGACCUCCCAAUAACGGUCGUUUCGAUGGCAGACCACCGCAGGACAGAUACGAUGGUCGCGGGGGUGACCGAAACGAUCGGCCGCGUACUAACAGCGGCUCCGAUAACUAUAACAGUAGCGGCGGUCGAGGAGGAAGUUUUGAGCGCAACGACAGAGGGUAUGACAGGGGAGGCGGUGGCGGCGGUUACCGGGGCUCAGAUCGCGGCGGCUUUAACAGCGACAGACGCGGCAACUUUGGCGGCCGCUAUGGCGGCGGUCGCGACAACUUUAGAGGUCGUGAUGGCGACCGAAGGCCACCCCCUUCUCACCCGCCGGAAGAAUUUAAAGAGUUGUCGGCCGAAGAGCAGGCGAAUCGUCCCCGCAUUCGAUUACUGCCGCGAACUGUCGGCAAACCACUGAACGAAUUGGCCGACAGUACGGCUCGCGACUCAAUCUUCGGCGGCGCCCGACCCAGAGAUGAGCGUCAGUACGAAGAGCGGCGCCGUAAAGAGUCUGAGAGCAAGGACUCGAGCGACGGCCGAGACCAAUGAGUAGACGGAAAAAUGUUUUUGGUGUUGAAUUUUGGUGGCCGUAAAUUGAAAUGCAUGUUAUGCUAUGUCUUCACACACUAUGGGUUCAAUAAUUUAUUCAUAAUAUAAAGGUUUACAACACUGUGUUGUUCUCAAAUCUAUACCAUUAUUAUUAUAAUUAUUAUUAUUAUUUUGCGUUACCUUUGAUUUUGUGAAUCGAUACUAAAUUCUAUAACUGAUUUUAAAACCAAAUUUCGAUGCCAUUAAUAUUAUAAGUAUCGGAGAAAUCGUUUUUAAUUAUAACUAUUUUUUUGUUUGUUUGUAUUUACUUACGAACGCAAUGUCAUUAUUAUUAUAUUAUAAAUUAAUUAAUAGUUUCACAAUCCAUUUGGAGUUGACAUUCAUUUUUCACUUCAAAAUAUUGUAAAAAUAGUUUGAAAAGUGCUUUAAUUAAUGAAAUUGGAAAAAAGACAAAAUACAAUACAUUUUUACUUUAAAACUUUAAAUACUAUUUAUUAUUAUAAUAAUUAUUAUUAUUUAACAUAAUUUAAACGAGCGAUGAUUUUAUAUAAUUAACUGAUUGUACUAGAUGAGUUUGGAUGUGUAGCCCAAUCGGGAACUUCAUUUAAAUCAAACACAAAUUGCCCCCAACUGUUGAUUAGCGCCAAUUCUAUCCCAAUGCAAAGGAUGUUCAUAACUACUCCGGGUUUUAUCUGUAAAUAAAUUCCAAUCAUUGAUUUCCAAUUGACUGCAAAAUCGACUCAUUUUAUCAUAAUUUGUAAGAUUAUAUGUAUUACUUAUGGAAAGAAUUGAUUAAUUUUAAUAAAAACUAAUUAUUUCAAUACCA